CCGUGUGCUGUUAUCACCGUGCACGCGCGUGGUACCCACGGUCGCGAGGAGGAGGAGGAGGAGUAGUAGAAGGAUGUUGCGCGCGAAGAGGAAAUGGCUGCCGAAAACAAGCCGGAAGAUGAAUACGGACAUUUGAAAAUCUACCUUCCCAAGAAGCUGCUGGAAUGUCUCCCCAAGUGCUCCUCGCUGCCCAAGGAGAGACACCGCUGGAACACCAACGAGGACCAUCCAUGCUCUCUCAUUCUCUGCCCCCUGACCUCCUGCCUGCCUGCCUGCCUGCCUGCCUGCCUGCCUGCCUGCAUUGGCGUGGAGAUCGCGGCCUACUUGAUAACGUUUGAAAAGCACGAAGAAUGGCUCACCACGUCGCCCAAAACAAGGCCGCAGAAUGGCUCCAUGAUCUUGUACAACAGGAAGAAAGUCAAGUACAGGAAGGACGGCUACUGCUGGAAGAAGAGGAAAGACGGCAAGACCACGCGGGAGGAUCACAUGAAGCUGAAAGUGCAAGGAGUCGAGUGUCUGUACGGCUGCUACGUCCACUCGUCCAUCAUCCCCACCUUCCACCGCAGGUGCUACUGGCUGCUGCAGAAUCCGGACAUUGUGCUGGUCCACUACUUGAACGUGCCGGCCAUCGAGGAUUGCGGCAAACCCUGCGGCCCCAUCCUGUGUUCCAUCAACACAGACAAGAAGGAGUGGGCCAAAUGGACCAAGGAGGAACUCAUCGGCCAGCUCAAACCCAUGUUUCAUGGCAUCAAGUGGACUUGCAGCAACGGGAACGGCAGCUCCGGCUUCUCGGUGGAGCAGCUGGUACAGCAGAUACUGGACAGCCACCAAACCAAGCCACCUCCCCGGACUCACAACUGCCUCUGCACGGGCUCGCCGGGUGCCGGUAGCAGCGUGCACCACAAAUGCAACAGCGCCAAGCACCGCAUCAUCUCCCCCAAGGUGGACCCCCGCACGGGAGCCUACAGCAGCGCUCACUCCGAAGUGCAAAACAACGACGUGUCCGAAGGGAAAACCGAGCACGGCGCCAAAAGCGCCAGGGAGAAACGCAACGGCAAAGUCCACAAGCCCGUCCUGCUGCAUCAGAACAGCACCGAGGUGUCCUCCAGCAACCAGGUGGAGGUGCCCGACACCACCCAGAACUCGCCCGUGCCCAUCAGCAGCGGGGUGAACAGCGAGCCCGAGGUGGCCGACAGCCCGGCGGUGACGGCCAUGAGUCACGUGGCCUCCGUCGUGUCCGGCCUCCCCCACGCUGUCUUCAUGUCAGAAGUGGGCGGAGAGCCCGCCUACAGCGCCUCUCCCAACCUCCUGGGCGCAGACGCCGCUGGCUCCCGGGGCUCCGUGCUCGCGGUGACCUCGGACGGCCACAAGUUUGCUUUCCUCGGCAGAGCGGCGGGGGAGCCGGGCGACGCGCCGGGCGACGCGCCGGGCGACGCGCCGGGCGACGCGUUGGGCAACGCGUUGGGCAACGCGCCGAGCGACGGUCUUUCCAUCUUGUCGGCAGCUGGCGUUUCCCAGGAACUGGCUCUCUCCAGCAGCCUGGACUCUGGAAGCAUCAAGAUCCCGGGAACCACGAUGAGCUUUGACCCCGACUGCUUCCUGAACAACCCCAAACAAGGCCAGACCUACGGAGGCAGCGCAAUGAAGACGGAAGCAAACUGCGGCCCCCCCCCCUGCGGGGCCACCGACGGCACUCUGCGGAGCUCUCCCUCCGUGACGGCCAACGGAUACGUCUUCAGCCCGGCCGUAGUCAAGAACAUCAAGACUGAAGACACCUCCUUUGAGCGGCAGCUGGCCAAGGAGAGCGGCUACCGGGUGCACGGGGCACUCGUCAACGGCGUGUCCGUGCCGCCCUGUGCCGCUUCGGCUCGGGAGGGCCUCACGCUGGCCCCCGCGGGAUCCUUGCUUCUUUCGGGUGGGGCUUUAAGUCCCAGCACCACCCUGGAGCAAAUGGACUUUAGCGCUAUCGACGGCAAGCGGGACUACGCCUCCGGCGCUUCGGCGCUGAGCUACGCUCGAGCCAUGUCUGGGCCUCACGUGCCGCACCAGAACCGUUCGCCUGGUUUCUUCCUCCAGGAUGCUCCUCAAUCCGGCCAUGCUCAGCGGGGGAGGUCCUGCAUGGGCCCGAAAACACAGCCGAUGGAGCACAGCUCCCACGAACCUGCCGCUUAUCUGGGGCUGCGCGUGGUGAAGACUGAAUCUCCCGCUCGUAACGGUCACCACCACCAGCACCACCAGCAGCAGCAUCGAGCCAACUGCAAUGGAGGCUCACCCACCGACUGCGCCGGCCAAACUGGAUCCUUGCAGCUGCUACAGUACCAGGGGACCUUCGCCGGCCUGGCCAACCAGCACGAGGAGGUGACGGGUCCGGAGCAGCCGGCGAGCAGGAGUACCUCCGAAAAUGGCGCCGAGAAUCUGCUCGAGCCGGACGCUCCGAUGCCGGCCUGCGUGGCAGGCAAUGGAGAAGCAGGGGCCUCUGAGCACUAUUUGCACGCACCCGAUGGGGGAGCAGGAAACGACAGUGCGGGCGAAGGUCUGCCACUUUGCAAUGGAAACGGGGACGGCGGCAGUGGCUCGCCGCAGCACCAGCAGCAGCAGCACCACCAGCAGGAGCUGCAGCACCAGCAGCAACUGCAGCAGCACCAGCAGCAGCACCACCAGCAGCAACUGCAGCAGCAGCAGCAGCAGCAGCAGCAGCAGCUGCAGCAGCAGCAGCUGCAGUUGCAGUUCCUCCAGGGAGCCAGCUUGGUCCAGGGUCUGUACAGCGCUGUCGCCAGCCACCAGGGCUUGGGGGCUAACUCGGGAGCGGCGGCCGGGCCAGCCAUGGAGAUCAGCCUGGAUCACUUUGACAUCUCUUUCGGAAACCAGUUCUCGGACCUCAUCAACGACUUCAUCUCGGUGGACGGAAGCGGCAGCCUGUACGCUCAGCAGCUGGUGCCCUCUCAGGGCUCGGAGGGGCAGAAUGCCGCCGGCCCCCGCGGAGGCCAGGGGGACGGCAGGGGCGGCGGCGGCUACAACCCCUCCGAGCACUGCCUUCAGCCCUGCUGCAGCCCCCGGCCGGGGGGCGACGGCGAGGAGCCGGCCUCGCUCUCGUACAUGAAUGCGGUGUCGGCGGCCGUGGCGCACGGAGCUCUGGGCAUGCUCCAGGCCGCCGGACGCCUCUUCAUGGUCACAGACUACUCUCCCGAGUGGUCCUAUCCUGAGGGUGGCGUUAAAGUGCUGAUCACGGGACCGUGGCAAGAAGCGGCCGCCGACUACAGCUGCUUCUUCGACCAGAUCUCAGUUCCGGCCUCGCUCAUCCAACCGGGAGUGCUGCGUUGCUACUGCCCGGCUCACGACACAGGGCUGGUGACGCUGCAGGUGGCCGUCAGCACGCAGAUCAUCUCCACCUCGGCGCUUUUUGAGUACAAGGCCCGCGCGCUUCCUUCACUGCCCUCCUCUCAGCACGACUGGCUCUCGUUGGAUGAUAACCAGUUCCGAAUGUCUAUCCUGGAGCGCUUGGAGCAGAUGGAGAGGAGGAUGGCGGAGCUGGCCAGCCAGCAGCAGCGGAGCGGCGCGGGGAGUGCCGGAGCAAUGGCAGGCGCAGGCGCAGGCGCAGGAGACAACAGCAGCCUGGCGCAGGGCGCCGCCGGCUCCUUCGAGAGCCGCGUGGUGGUGGUUUGUGAGAAGAUGAUGAGCAGAGCUUGUUGGGCCAAGUCCAAACAUUUAAUCCACUCCGAGACUUUCCGAGGCAUGACGCUCCUUCACCUGGCUGCCGGCCAGGGCUACGCCGCCCUCAUCCGGACGCUCAUCAAGUGGCGCACCAAACCUGCCGAUAGCAUCGAUCUGGAGGUAGAAGUGGACCCUCUCAAUGUGGACCACUUCUCCUGCACGCCUCUGAUGUGGGCGUGUGCGCUGGGGCACCUGGAGGCAGCCGCCGUCCUGUAUAAGUGGGACAGGCGGGCCCUGGCCAUUCCCGAUUCUCUGGGCCGCCUGCCUCUUUCCAUCGCCCGCUCUCGAGGCCAUACCAAGUUGGCGGAAUGUCUGGAGCAACUGCAGCGGGAGGAGCAGCGGCUGGCGGCGGCGGCGGCGGCGACGGCUCCGCUAACCCCCGCCGCUCGCAUGUCUUACUCGCCGGCGCCCGACACCGCGGACGGCCGGAUGCUCGGCUGGCCCAGUGACAAAAGAGCAGACCUGAGGAGGCCCAGGUCAGAGCCUUCCAGCUACUACAGCAGCGAGGGCCAAAGGGAGCUCCUCCCAGCGGCCAAAAAGCAUAAACCCAACCCACAGCAGUUUCAGACACGGCCCGACAAGGCCGCGUCUGUUCCUCUUAGCCUGGAGCGGCGGCGCCGGCAGCAGCGGCCGUCCGACGCCAGCCCCGAGAGCCGGCCCUCGGACAGCCGGGCCUCGGACAGCCUGGGCGCGGGGACGGCCGGAUGGAGCAGCAGGGACGCCGGCGGCGACGUGGGGAGGAGAGGCCUCGGGCCGGGCGGAAGCGGCGCUUUGGGCGAGGACCGACCGCUUGGCCGCUUACGCCGCCGGCGGGAGCAGCUGGCCGUGCCGGUGGCGGCGGCGGCCGAGGCCCAAAUGCCGUGCUAUCGGGAGGAGCCGGACCGUGGCCACUAUCUGGCGCAGAUGGACGACCUGCAGGCAAACAUGAUGACUCUGGCCGAGCAGAUCAUCCAGGCCACGCCGGAGAGGAUCAAGAGGGAGCAUUUGUCUUCCGCUGACGCUUUGCCGGUCGACACGGCGGGGGUGAACAACACCAUGAACUGGCUGGCCAACUACUUGGGAGAUGUCGAGCAGCUGCCCAGCGUCUUACACUUACGGUCCGCCGCGUACAGCGAUCCGCCGCCACCGUCCGAGCCCAGCCCGUGUCCCGGGGCCUCCCAGCCGGGGAAGGGGCCCCGGGAGAGGCCGGCGCUUGCGUCGCCGGCGGACUGGAGCCGCUUUGUCAGCACCUCCAAUAGCAAAGUGGAGCGAGAGCUGGCCCAGCUGACUCUGUCCGACCCGGAGCAAAGAGAGCUGUACCAAGCCGCCCGUCUGGUUCAGACCGCCUUCCGCAAGUACAAGGGGCGGCCGCUGCGGGAACAACAGGAAGUCGCCGCUGCCGUAAUUCGCCGUUGUUACGACAAAUACAAGCAGCUUACGUGGAUAGCCUUGAAGUACGCACUUUAUAAGAAGAUGACGCAGGCCGCCAUCCUGAUCCAGAGUCGAUUCCGCGGCUACCGCCAGCAGAAGAAGUUCCAGCGGAGCAGAAGGGCCGCCGUGCUCAUUCAGCGAGGCUACCGCAGCUACAAGGAGUUUGGCAGGCUCCCGGCCCGGCGCCGAGGGCCCGCUGCCCGGGGGGGGCGGCGCCGCAAAUUGAGGGGGAGUGUGCUCACCAAGAGGCAGGAUCAAGCGGCCAGGAAGAUCGUGAGGUUUCUGCGCCGCUGCCGCCACAGGGUGAAGGAAUUGAAAAGGGCCAGGAAACAUGAACCCGGUGAGAAGGCGCCCUCCCUCGCAAUGUGACCUCGCUCUUCCGACGCCUCCUUCAUUUUCUUUGUCUUUUUUUUUCUUUGGACGCACGACAUUGAACUGGACGAAAUGUAGCAUUAGUGCAAAGUGACUAUGAUAACACCAUUUCCCCCACGCACGCACGCACGCAUGCAUGCAUGCACACAUUUUCACGUGGAGAGUUGCAAUUUCGUCAACUUGUGUGUGUGUGUGGGGGGGGGGGGGGGGGGCGUCCCAUGCUGACACUUUUCACACCAUUGUUUGGGGUUUUUUUGCACUUUGAAAGAGAACAAUGGACAAACCUGACAAGCUCAGCAAAAGUGGAGGAAAAUCAAGGUUGCUGCUGCUGUUGCCGCCGCCGCCGCUGCCCCCACCACCACGAGGGAGACCAUGCUGGAAGACUCUUGACUCCAAAUCCUUUGGAGUGACUUAUUUUUGUUUGUUCCCAGGACAUUUGGCGAAUAUCGUCAAAGGAGGGAGGGAGCAAGUAGUUGCCUGUUGUUACUUGACGACGUGAAUUUGUUCCACGCUGUUUGUUUGUCCCUCCGUGUGGAAUGUUUGCCCAGGCUCCGCGUGGUAGAAUCCUAUCCAAGAAAAAGAAGAAGGGGUGGAAAAAAAUGCAUGACAUUGGGCUAAGUGAGGCCUUUGCUUGUGUCUUUUAUGGUAGCAGGCUAAGCCUUUCUUGACUUUAGCUGCUCUUUCGUUUUGUUUUGUCGAUGUCAUCGUCGUUGUCAGAGUCGGGCCGGUGGUCAGGUUUGGCUUGUUUUUCAAUGAACCUCCCAGCCUGGUUUUGGAAAGGAAGAUCACGCACAUUGCCUUGACAUCUUGGAGAUUCUUUCCAAGAUUGUCCCAAAAUAGGGGAUCGACAAAUCCAUAUUUUUGAGAACUGAGCAUGAACCGAAUGAACAUUUCUGUAUAUAAAGAAGGCCGCAAGUAUGUACGAAUAAACACACACACACACACACACUUACCCAAAGGGGAUUGUAUUUUAGAAAUAUAUUAUUUUAUUCAUUGAAAACAAAAGGGCCAAAAAGAAGGCUGAGACAAAAAGAAAUAUUUGUAUAGUUUUCUUUGAAUGCCGAAGAAGUACAGCUGUAUUGUUUGUAAAUAGUGUACAGAAAAGGACUUAGGUGCAUGUAAAGUAUGACAAGGCAAGCGAGUGCGGUGCGCUUGGGACGAAGCAGUAGUGGCCACCACGCUCUCCAAAGGAAAUCAAUUCUUUUUCAUUCUUCUAAACAAAGGAAACCUUUUGCUAAAUAUGAAAGUCAAAGCGAGCGCCAGCCAGAAAAUGUCGCCGAAAAGCAGCCCGCUUCGUUUGUUUGUUUGCGUCCUCCUCCUGACGUUCAAUCAGCAAGAGGCAAAGCGGCCACUCGGCCAAGGCGGACGGACGCCUUCACUCCUUCCUCCCUCCCUCCCCUCCUCCCUCCCUUCCCUCCUUCCUCCCUCCCUCCUCCCUUCCUUCUUUCCUGUCGCUGGCACCGCU